UCCCGCCAAACACGUUUCAAAAUUCCUUMGAGAAAAUCACGAGUUCAAUGAGUUUAGCAAGUAAAAAAUAUCUAUUUUAGGAUUAUAUUUACUAGGAUUUAUGGCUACUCAGAGCCCAACUGAGAAUAUACUUCCAAACUGGAAGAAAGCAAGYAAACAUCAGAAUGAAGCUUCGAAAUCGGAUCAAGAAAAAAAGCCAGCUUCGUUCAAGAUGACCGAGAGCGCCAARCCGAUGCUAGAAGAACAAGCUCUUUUAAAAGAAAAACUCAAAUCGCAACCAAUAUGGAAAAAAGACAAGGACGCGACUCAAAGACGCAAAACACAACCUAUGGUUGCAAGACCUCUUUCACCUGGCUCAGCUCCCAAACAGAUUUUUCCUCAAGCAACAGCCUCAACAUCAGCUAAGCAACCCUCUCCACCACCAAAGCGACGCACAACCUCACCAUCCAGCUCAUUCAAUGCUGGUUGUUCCAGAAGUUCAUCUCCAUUAUCUGAAGCUUCUCCAGAAUUUAAAAGAAGAAUUGAAAAAGCCACCCGAGCUAGAUUAUACCUGUUACAACAAGUCGGACCCAAUUCUUUCUUGAUAGGGGGAGACUCACCCAGUCACAAGUUUAAAGUCAUUAUUGGACCACAGACAUGCAUGUGUGGAAAGCCCUUCUGUGUUCAUCUCUUAUUCGUUAUGUUGAGAGUUUUUAAAGUCAAAGAAAAUGAUCCUCUUUUGUGGAACAAUGACCUGAAGAAUUUUGAGGUUGAAGAACUGUUUUCAAAAUUCCAUGCAAGAGUCAACUCCAGGCUUGUCAAAGGUAGAGGCAGAUCUCCCAAGCGAUCAACUCCCCCACCCUCCCCUAGUGGUCUAAGUUCAUCCACAUCCUCCACGUCAUCUACUGGAAGUACUAAAGAUGAAGAAGAAGUCUGUCCAAUAUGUCUACUAGAGAUGGUUGAGGGAGAGAGCUUGACGUGUUGUAAGGGAGGCUGCAACAACAGACUUCACCAACACUGCAUAGAAAUAUGGGCUGCUGAAUGCAAGAGCAGGAAAGAAAGACUCAACUGUCCACUCUGCCGUAGAAUCCUUCCUCCAGAGGUUGCACCUUUCCUUAGCAACAGAUCACCUCAAAUUCUCUCACCCCUGUCGCCGAGUAGAACAGUCUCACCUAAUGUACCAACACCUCUUGGUCCAGAAGAGGUCAUCACACUACCACACUCUAACCCAAUCCCCUCUGAACAGAUAGAUGUUGCAAGACCCUGGGUACAAGCAUUUGGAGAGAGUGUGGUGUCUUGUCUGUUUUCUCGUGAGUGGAACAUAAGAGAAACUGCCUUACGUCGUCUCAGCAAGGAUUUAGUAACUACUCUAACUAGUGAUGAAGGAGGGUCUACAUCCAUGUCUGCUCUAGAAGCUUGCUGUUCUCUCCUGUCCAUGAUGUGUGGUGAUCCAGUUUACAAAGUUUAUGUUGCAGCUCUUAGAACGUUACGAGUCAUGCUUGGCCAUUCUAAGUACUCAACCAGUGAAGAGAAAGCACAGCUACAGAUGCUGUUACGCCCUGUGGUGGAGGCCAUUAUGGCAAAGUGUUCUGAUGGCAACAGACGAAUCAGYGCCUUGUCAAACAAAGUGCUUCUAGAGAUGUGUAAAGACCAGUCAGGUGAUCUGGCACUAGGGCGAUUGCUGGAGCACAAUGACAACCAACCACUGGGCGGUCUCRGCUUCAUGCUGACAUGCAUACUUACUACUGCGCAUGAAUACGCUACCUGGCCUUGGUGGCUUGGACGGUUGUACUUUCUACGCAAGUUAAUAGAAGAAUACACAGACUCUUUUAGACUAGGACCAGACAGUCCCGAAAUAUCUAUAGAUAACAGUGUUGGUGUUAUUGUCCAGGAAGGUGAUCAUGUCGAUGGUGAUGAGUUAUAUAGUGACAAUAUAACGAGGUUGAUGUCUGUGUUGCGGUUCGCUAUUCUUGCUGGACAGUGCUCACAUGGUUCAGUCUCUAAGCUUGCUAUUUCAAUAUUGAUUUGCUGUACAAGUUUAGCUGCAUCUUGUCCUUCGGCCUUUAUUCAUAUCAAGAAGCUAGUAUCUCGACUUAAGCCUUCUCAGAGAAGUAUAUUACAGCGACRACUAGCAACAUUAUCAAAGAGGAACAAUCCAGAAGCUAGUGAUGGGGAAAGCAGCCCUCUAAGUGAUGUAAGCUAUGCCCUCACAGAUCAAGGAGAGUCAAGCUCUUCUGAAGGAUCUAGUCAGUUGUACCCUACUCAAAGAGUGGAAGGCGGCCCAUCACACUUGAGGGAAGACAACGACCAUCUAUCUGAAGCAGAACUUUUACAAUCUAUAGUAGAAUCUCUUCAAAGACCAAACUUUUUAUGUCUAAAUUUGCCAAGUCCACCAUCUUCACCCACUAGGGAGCUUGAAUCUCUAGAUUGGUCAAGAUCUGACGGCGAGUCUCCAAGGUUACCCCCUGUCAAGGUCRUUAUGGAUAACAAGUGUCAGAAAAUGAUUGAAGAAGAGGAGGCUGAGGCUGUUGCCAAAGCAAUGGAAGUAUCAGUUCUGCCGCGAGGACCAGAUGCUAUACCGAGUCUGAGACCCAGUGUCGAAGAAGAUGAAAUGGUCAUUGUUUAUACUCAACCGGAGUCGAUAGAAAAAGCAGUAAAUACCAAACACCUUUAUCUCGAGAAUAUUCACUGGAAGAAAGGCGAAUUGCUUGGUACUGGAGCUUUUUCUUCGUGUUAUGCUGCACGAGAUGUUACCACCGGUGCAUUAAUGGCGGUAAAACAGGUAUCUUUCUGUCGCAAUUCAAAGCCAGAGCAAGAGAAGGUGUGCCAGUCCAUCUUGGAUGAGAUAACUAUCAUCGGCAAGCUACAGCACCCUCAUUUAAUCAAGUGUCUGGGAGCUACAAAACAUACUGGACACUUCAAUAUCUUCCUAGAAUGGAUGGCAGGAGGGUCUAUAUCUGUUCUCUUAUCCAAGUAUGGCUCUUUUGAAGAAAACACUCUCAUCCGUUACACAAGACAGAUUCUUCAAGGAGUUGCAUACUUGCAUCAAAACCAAGUCAUUCACAGAGACAUAAAAGGUGCCAAUAUACUAGUUGAUUCAACAGGACAGGAAAUACGAAUAGCUGAUUUUGGAGCCGCRGCACGGUUGGCAACUCAGAUCACAGGGGCUGGGGAGUUCCAAGGCCAGUUGCUAGGCACCAUAGCAUUCAUGGCCCCUGAGGUGCUGAGAGGAGAGAGCUAUGGCAGAAGCUGUGAUGUGUGGAGUGUAGGAUGCUUGGUAAUAGAAAUGGCGACAGGAAAGCCACCUUGGAAUGCUCAUGAACACUCAAAUCACCUUGCACUCAUUUUCAAGAUCGCUUGUGCUACAGCACCGCCAGAGAUCCCAGAGUAUCUAAAUCCAGCAGUCAGGGAUGUUCUCUUGCGAUGUCUAGAGUAUAAACCCGACGACCGGCCACCUGCACUGGAAUUACUCAAACAUCCCUUGUUCACCAGAGUAACGCAAUAAUUUWAAGAAAAUUGUGUGACAGUGCUGUGAUUGGCUCAUAAACGUCUGGUGUAUCACGACGUCUAAAGCCACUGGACAAUUCAUGACAAAAAGUUUUGAAAAAAAAAUGCUGUAAUUGGUCCAAAAUCACAUGAUCAGAAAUCUGGCGUGACAUCAAAU